AUGCAAAAUGGUAAUGUUACCAAGGUAACUGAUUCUCCUAAUAACAAGAAAACAUUUCAAGAGCUUAUCUUAGUUAUUCAAUCAUAUAAUAAUUUAACAUUUGAAGUCAGUGAAAACGUCAACUUAGAUUUUCCUAUCUCUGAUCCAAUGAUUUAUGAUCAAAAGAGGAUUAUCAGAGAUAACAAAUCACAUAAGAAAAAAGGAAUAGAUGAACUCUAG